GAUUGGGUUUGCCUUUCCUUGAACUUCAUUCCCGUGUAUUCUUGUGUCUGGCUCCUUUCAUUCCACAUGACAUCAUUGAGAUUCACAUGUGUGUAUCGAGGAGCUCGUUUUUCUCACAGUUCGGAAUGACAUAUUCACUAAGCACUUACUGCCGGUCUAAGAACUUGGCAUGCAUGGAUUCACGUAAACCUCCCAACCCUAGGAGGUUUGAAGGCCAAGAACCGGAGAAACGGAGAGCCUGAGGACCUUGACUGGGGUCACGCGAUCAAGUAAUAGCCAAGCCAGGGUUCAAAUGCAGGCAGUCUGGUUCUGGAGCCAAGGUUCUUAACACUGUGCCGAUGGCCCCCCCAGCGCCGUGUCUGUGCCUAGCCUUGCGUGCGCGAAGUGAGCUAGUGUGCGCUUGGAGGGCUGGGCGCCUGGAUGUGGCCGGAGGGAGCGGGAGGAAGGAGUGGAGUGAGGACGGCUGCAGGUUUCUGGCUUGAGUAACUGGGUGGGUGGCAGUGCCGUUACUAAGAUAGGGAACACAGGAAGAGGAACAGAUGGCAUGGGGGGUGGGGAACAGAGACAAGGGGUUCGAUUUGGGGCCUAUGGAAUUCUAUGUUUCUAAGGGACGGCCAGGCACAGAUAAAAAGCGGGCAUUUGGUUUUGGCGGGGGGUGGGCCUGGGGCUUGGGCAUGUGAUUAGGCUUCGGCACCCUGUGGACAGCAUCUGGGGUUUGGGAAAGGAUGGGGUCUCCCAGCGGGGCCGGUAGGGGCAGGCUGUGUGGGUAUGCUCUGUCUGUGUGUGUUUCUGUGUGUGUCUGGGGGCUGCACGUGUAUGUAUGUGUGUGCCUGGCUCCGGGUCAUGAGUUUCCCCAUCUCCUGGGAGAGCCUGCAGGUCAGCUGGGAGCUGCGUUGUUUUUGUUUGUGGUUUUGCAGGGGGUGGGGUGGGGGGGGCGCCCAGCCUGAGAAACUCCCCGCUGAGAAGCCCCCGGAAGCACCUGUGCGUUCUCUUCCCCUGGCCCAGUGUGAACGAAAGGUUAGCAAGGAGGGGGGUUUCUCUUGCUUGUCUCAUGCCUGCGGGGAGAGGCUGCCCCGGGGACGAAUUUUAUCCGGCAAGUCCGCCGACCGCGGACCCCCUAGGUCUGGGAUCCAGACACUUUGUGGUAGGCUCGGCAAAAGGGGACAGGGGCCUUUCGAAAGGACACCUGAGUAGGGGAGAUCGGCAGCCUUCUGGUUGGUUUUUCCUGUUCUCAUUUCCUGUGAUGGCAGUGGGGGAGGGGCUCCCCAGCACUGGGGCCUCUGCAUCGUUUCCCCUUCCUCCUGGUGACCUCCUGGGGCCCAGGCCUGAGCACUGUAGGACACAGACAAGGUACAAGGUAGCCCAGCCCUCAGGACUGAGUCCUUUGGGGACUGCCAAGGGUGGCCGAGGCAUUUAGGGGAAGGAGCCCCAAGUCCAGUCCCCUUACCCGAGGCCAGCCAGGCUGUGGGAGGCUCUGUGGUUGAGACCCUCCAAAGGGGAAGACACAGUAAGCUCUGUGUCCUGACGUGGCCCAUGUCACCAAGCUACAAACAGGAGAGAGUGGAACAUCUUGACCGGCCAUCCGUGCCCAAAGCCCAGAGUACCCCCAGUGCCACCAUGACUGGGCCGCUAAAGAGGAAGUUUGACCAGCUGGAUGAGGACUCCUCCUCGCUCUGCUCCUCUUCCUCCUCCUUGUCCUCGGGCCGCCGUUCUGGCUCCUGCUCCCCGAGCUCUUCCGUCUCCCUGGCCUGGGACUCAGAUGAGGAGAGCCCCUGGGAUCAGAUACCCCUGCCUGACCGUGACUUCUGUGGCCCCCGGAGUUUCACCCCCCUGUCCAUCCUGAAGAGGGCGCCCCGGAAGCGCCCAGGCCGCGUUGCCUUCGAUGGCAUCACCGUCUUCUACUUUCCUCGGUGUCAGGGCUUCACCAGCGUGCCCAGCCGCGGUGGCUGCACUCUGGGUAUGGCCCCCCGCCACAGCGCCUGCCGCCGCUUCUCCUUGGCCGAGUUUGCACAGGAGCAAGCCCGGGCUCGGCGGGAGAAACUGCGCCUGCGCUUGAAGGAGGAGAAGCUGGAAGCCCUGCGAUGGAAGCUCACGGAGGCUGGCGUACCCGAGACGGAGGCCGGCCUGCCACUCACAGUGGACGCGAUCGAUGAUGCCUCCGUGGAGGAGGACUUGGCUGUGGCCGUGGCCGGUGGCCGGUUGGAGGAAAUGACCUUCCUACAGCCCUAUCCGGCCCGGCGCCGGCGGGCUCUGCUGCGGGCUGCCGGAGUGCGGAGGAUCGAUCGCGAGGAGAAGCGGGAGCUGCAGGCCGUGCGCCAGUCCCGCGAGGACUGUGGCUGUCGCUGUGACCGGGUCUGUGACCCCGAGACCUGCAGCUGCAGCCUGGCGGGCAUCAAGUGCCAGAUGGACCACACCGCGUUCCCCUGCGGCUGCUGCCGGGAGGGCUGUGCGAACCCCAAGGGCCGCGUGGAAUUUAAUCAGGCACGGGUGCAGACCCAUUUCAUCCACACGCUCACCCGCCUGCAGCUGGAGCAGGGGGCUGAGAGCCUGGGGGAGCUGGAGGCUCCUGCUCAGGGCGGCCCAGCCAGCCCCGGUGAGCAGGCGCUGGCUCCCACUUUCCCGCCGGCCAAGCCCCCCGCGAGCAGCGAGCUGGGAGACGACAGCUGUAGCAGUGACAUGACCGACUCCUCCACAGCUUCAGGCUCGAGCGAGGCCCCCAGCGGCCCCCCUCGCCCAGCCCUGCCCGGCCCCGGCUUCCAGCCUGACAUGGAUGAUGACAGCCUGGCCCGGGUCCUGAGUUUCAGUGACUCGGACCUGGGAGGAGAGGAGGAGGAGGAGGAGGAAGGGGGAGUGGGGACCCUCGACAACCUCAGCUGCUUCCACCCAGCUGACAUCUUUGGGACUGGUGACCCCGGUGGCCCAGCCAGCUGGACCCACAGCUAUUCCAGCUCCAGCCUCACGUCAGGCAUCCUGGAUGAAAAUGCCAACCUGGAUGCCAGCUUCUUCCUAAACGGUGGCCUUGAAGGGUUGGGAGAAGGCAGCCUCCCGGGCACCUCGGUGCCGCCCAGCUCGGACGCUGGCCAGAGCAACUCCGUGGACCUCAGCUUGUCUUCCUGCGACUCCUUCGAGCUGCUCCAGGCCCUGCCAGACUACAGUCUGGGGCCUCACUACACCUCCCGGACGCUGUGCGACAGCCUGGACAACCUCGAGGCACCCUACUUCCCCUUGCCUGCCUUCUCUCCGCCUGGGGACGCCGGCUCUUGCUUCCUGGAGUCCGUCAUGGGCUUGCCUGACUCAGCCGCCGAGGCCCUGGCUCCCUUCAUAGACAGCCAGUUGCUUGAGGACACCGCCCCGGCGUCUCUGGUGGAGCCUGUGCCCGUGUAAGGCCCCGGGGUACCUUGUCACGGCCCCAAGAGCCCCGUUGCUGCUUUGUUGUAAUUUGGGGGCUCCCUGAGGCCUGUAGGUAAGGGUCUCCCGUUGGCUGGCUCGCCCGUGCAGGCACUCCUGAUUUUUGUGCAACACUCUGGAUUGAUUUA